CGUCUGACGUUCGCGAUUGCACGCUUAGUUAACAGAGCGGUUCUGGCAAUGACAAUGCAUGCUGCCAUUGAUAUUGGAAAAUUUUUUAUUUUUUGAGGCCAUGGUGUUUUGAAGUCAUUACUCUUUUUUCAAUUGUGGAUUUUUCAAGUUCAAACGAUGUUGCCACUAAAGAAAGCGAAGGUCUGAAGAGGUGAUCCUCUGCCCUAGUGAAGGAUGGAAGUGGUGCAUCAAGUGAGGCUUCUCCUGCGGCGGAAUGUGGCCCUACGCCUCAGGCAGCCAGUAAUCUUGGCGCUCGAAUUAUUAUGGCCCGUUGUGAUAUUCUUGGUUGUGAUGGCUGCCAGAAAUGCUAUACCUCCUGUUGCUCAACCCACAUGUUACUACAAAGCUUGGGCUUUGCCGUCCGCUGGAGUGGUGCCAUUUGUUCAAUCCAUGAUUUGCAACAUUGACGAUUGCCAAAAUCAGACUGAAUACGAAGAUAUUCCUUCAUACAAUGGAUCGAGUGUGCGGGAGCUAGUCGCUAAUACGAUGCCUUUGAUCAUGGAUCACAGUAUAACAGAGCUUGUUACUGCUCUUCCAAAAGGCAUGCGUCUCAUGAGAGUUGCUGUGGAUGCACUAUCCGGACCUGACUUAUCCGUUCUCUUAGAUGAAGGAUUCCCGGUGACAGAUCUCCUGAAAGACACAAACCAAACAAGGGAGUUGUUAAGUAGCAUAAAUAUGACUGAUGACGAAAUAGAGCUUACUUUGGAAUCGUCUAUUCAGUUGCCACAGAUUUUAGAAAUCACAAGCCAAAGCAAUUUCUGUGAUACCUUUCAAGAUUUGAUUGAAGACACGUCCAAUAUAUUCGAUAAAAUUCGAUUUCGCCUUUGCAGUAUGGAUGAGAUUUCCCGAAGGGACUUUUUUCGUCGACUCAAAAGCCAACUGGAUGUCAAGAAUAUAGUACAAACGAUGGGAUUAGCUAUGUCUGAACUUGGACGUUUAGACAUUGGUGAAAUUCUAGGAAACAUUGGGGUUUUGCUGGCUAAUCUCCAAUCAUCUAAUAUUUUUCACGAAGAUAUCUUAAAAAUGAUAGUCAUGGUCCUUGAUGAAGUGAGAUUUGAUCAAAUUGAUACUAAAGUAAUUCGUCACUUGAUUGAAGAUCUCGAGCCUUUGUACAGAGAAAGUGAAUGGGCUAUGUUGAUUCAAGUGUUGAAAGAUGUAAAGUUACCCACCAUGAAAAGGAACUCCACAAAUCCAAGAAGAAUUGAUGCAGAAGUAAAUAAAGCGCCAUCUAUCGCUGAAAUGGAGAGUGCUGUAGAUACUUCAGAAAGCUCUGCCAACAAAGAGAGAUUCAAUUUCCAACGGAAUGCGGCAAAUACUUUUGAAACAGUUUUGAGUUUAGCCGAUAUUGGGAUGGAUAUGCUGAAAUUUUUACCGAGAAAUGCCUCUAUUCAAGCCGAGAAUGCGCUGAAAUACUUUGCUUUUUUUGUGGAUGUCGCUGAUGGUAUAGUUCCUGAAAUUGAAAAGUCAUUAAAAAUAGAUGAUUCCACGAAAUUUCUUGACACUUUUAGCGACAUUUUAGGAGCAGCAUUUCUCAACAUUGCCGAAGAAACAAAAUCAAAAAAUCAAAACGUAAAUUUUUGUAAUACUAAGGAAUUCCAAACAUUAUUAAAUUCAUCUGAUUGGAAUGACAUUCCAGCUCUGCAAAGAUACGCUUGCAAAAUUUCUAGAGUUUCGGAAAGGAGGCCGGUGUCAUCUGAUGAAAUGAACGUGGAGAAAUGGCGCUCAUCAGUCAGCAAAAUGAAAAAUUUAAUGAAUUUCGAUAAAUAUUCUGAAAUUCGCCAUAACAUCGCAAAAUGGCAAAAUGAAGCGAAUGGAAACGCCACUACAGGAUUUACUGCUUUCAAAAAGUCACCAAUGAGCGAAGCAACCAUCGAUGAUGUUAUUUCUACGAUCGAAUGCACUAUUCAAGGAUUUCAAGAUUUUAAUAGCCCAAAGGCUGGAGGAGCAAAAAAUAUUACAGGCACCUACCUAUCCACGAUUCCGCAAGAAAUAUCCAACAAAAUAAGUAAUAACAAAAGAAAAAUUUUCCUAAAUGGACUUUCUAGAACCAAAGAAAUUAUAAAUCACGUAAGAAAUAAUUAUGCGAUUUUUGGGCAGAUGAAUCUAACCAACUUUGGAACUAUGUUAACGGAACUGGAUAAGUUAGUAAAUGGCAUUGGUGCUGGAAGUUUCGGUCAUUUUCUUACAUCUACGUCCAAAGAAUUCCUUCGUUUUAUUCCAGCUGUAGCAUUUAUGACGAAAGAUUUUAAAACAAAUACGACGGCAAGAAGAGGGCUGCCAUCAUUGACGUCAGCUUUUAUCCAAGAUUUAGAGACUUUCAUAUGGAAUUCUAUUUCGCCAAAAAUGGUGGAAGAAUUUGCCAAGAAACCUUUGAGUGAUAACUUUUGUGUCGACGCCGAUGCAUUGGAAGCUACGCAAUUACACUGGAAAUGGCUGCUUUGUACUGAUUCAUCAAAAUCUUUUAAAAUAUCUCUGCCAAGUAUAAGUACAGACCAUAAGGAUUCAAUAUCAUCAUCAGACCUAGAAUUCAAACCGGUUAAUAAUUUUGACGCCCAAAUUUUUUCACAAAUUCUUCUACGACUGUCUUCGAGUAUGAGUUUCACUGUGAAAGUCAUUUCCCAGUUCCUUCAUCCUGUGAAAGGCUGCGAUUCCACAUGCGGUAGUGAAGAUAUCAUGUUGAAGAAAAUGUGCUUUUUAGCGCGUUUACAAAAUGCCAAGAGCGUCAUAGAAAUACCGAAAAGGGAAAGUAAUGGUCAUGAAGAGAACAUAAUGGAAGACGACAAUUUUUUACAGCAAUUCCGAACUCUACUUCCUAUUGAUGAGCACAUUAUUGAAGGUUACGCUAGUUUUAUGGACGUCGUUCGGGCCUCGGCUGCAAAUAACUUCACCAGCUGGAGAGACAUUGUUCGUUUAGUGGUCUCCGGACUCCGUUUUCUGGAUUCAUUCGAUGGAAAGGAUCGUAAGCUGAGACCUUCCCUUCAUGUCAUCAACUCCCUCGUCAGUUUAGUGAAAAACAGAGUAUCCGAUGCAGCACAAUCGUCAUCUGAAGCCAUAGUUGAAAUCCAGAAUGUCUUUCCUGAUUCUCCAUUAACCCAAGAAGUUGUCAAAAGUUUUCUUCCCGUGCUUCCUGAGGUUACAUCCACAUUGUUUUGGACAGCAUUAGUACCUGGAAAAGUUUUGAAGCUGAUUGACAACAGUGACAAGAAUAUAUCUAUCAUAAUUUCGACCAUAUGCAAUUCCUCGCUUACGGACUACUUUUAUAAUCCAGGACUUUCUUCCGAUGAAUUUGAACGACUUGAUCAAGUUCUGUGCAGCCAUAGAUACUACGAUGUUUUUGAGGAGAUAUUUGAAGAUCCUGAUAUUCAAGAAAUUGUGUUUGAUGCUAGUAGCACCGAUGAAGUGUCAUGGGAAGAUAUGCAUGACAACAUCUUAGAGACAGUAUCUCUUCUUCAAGAUCUGGCCGAACGCAAGAAAGCUGACAUAUCUUCAUUUCCACCGCUGCCAAGAUGGCAGAAAAUGGCGAGGGGCAUUCAUUCUCAAGUUAUGAAUCCGGCGGUGAUGCUCUAUGUCCUCAACAGCAAAUUCUUUUACAGAUUCUGCUCCGAUCAACAGCCUCGAAAUAUGUCUGCUCAUCUGAAAAACUUCUUCACCACAGAUCAGGAGACGACCCUGUACCAAGGUCUGUGUUCCAUUAGUACGGCGUCCUUUUCUGCCAAAUUGGUGGAGAGUGUGAAUGAUACUUUCAAGAAUUCUGAGACAGAAAAAGGAAAAAACCCCGAUGUCGCUUCGCUUUCUCAGAAGAUAAUAGGUGUUUUUUUCAGUAUGCCGGAGAUCAAAGACAUUGGAAAACUGUUUCUUGGUAUGGAUUUGCAUGAUGAUAUAGAUGGAGGUGAAGAAGAAGGCCAUAUAUUGCAAAAUGGUGCAAAUAGAUACAAAAUCAUGAAUGCAACAAAAAGGACGUUUGACAUGGUUGAUAGCGUUACAGGUGGUAGACUGUCUGCAACAAUUUUAGGAAGCUCAUUUCCCGAAAUUUUGCAAGAUGUUUCUGCAUUAAUUCUUCCAUCAGAUGAUGGGCAGAACACCAUAGAACACUUUUUCCUGAAUUCCAACAAGUCGAACCAACUCUUUAGAAUAUUUUUCAAUAAUAAUCCUGAAGGAAGACGAAUUGAGACUUAUGUUGAAUCAAUGGCAGAAUAUUUUUCAAAGAAAGAAAAUUCCAAAAAAUUAAAAUCCCUCUGCAACAACCUCAAACAAAGACUACCUGCAGAAUCUUCUGAUGGUUUUAGCAAUAUGGUCUGCUCUCAACCACCGGCUAAAUGGACUUUGAAAAAUUUAAAUCAACAUCAGAACUACACGUCUUUGUGGACAGAAAUCGAUAUGUUUCUCAGCGAUGAAGCAAAAAAUGCUACUCAAGAACUAUAUUUUCGGAAAAGAAAAGCCGUAUUCUUGAACUCCAUUGACAAAAUACUCAUUUCAAGCAUACAAGUUACGGACUGGUCUAGUUUUCAGAUGCCAUCAUUCUAUUUUUCCAUGAUGAGAGCUUUCGUUAGAAAUCUCGAAGGGAUUGAUCAUUCUAAUAUACAAGAAACGGGCUGUCUUACUAGAAGUAGCCAAGAAGCCAUUCAAGAUUCUGUUCAUAAAUUAUUGAAUUCCAUUUCAGGAGCAGAGUUUCUAAGUUGCGGAUUAUUAAAUAAAAACAUUAGCGGCUUAUACUCGUGGAUAUCCGAAUCUGCAAACUUGAAACAAGCUUUUGAGAAGGUUGCCCAUGGGUUUAAAAUCGGAGAGAUUUGUACGCAUUCUUGGAAGUGGUUAUUGCUUUUGAUCGACGACCUAGAAGAGCUGUACAAGAGACUGUCUCAAAACAUGUCAGAAAAGGAACUCCACGAAGCGAACAAUUGUUUGAGGAAUUUCAAGCAAUCACUUUUGAUUUCAAGUUUGCAAAUGCAUGCAAACGUUAUUAAACAAGCUGCCAAAUUUUUAUCAACUAUUAACACACCUGCAGGACAUUGGAAAGGCAUUAAAGAGCAAAUAUUCCAAAGAAUAUCGCAGCAUUUACCAGCAUUCAUAAGAUUGUCCGAAAUCAUUCCUGAAAGCUCUGAUAUCCUUCCCUCAAGUUUUGAAAUGGAGGACACUGAGAUCGAAGAAGUUUUAAGAGAAGCUUCCAUUAAUUUUAAUUGGCACCUCCGGCACGGAUUGUCGUCUACAACCCUACGAAAGAAAAUCUGUGAUAAUAAAGACGACCCUUCUGUUUCGACGGUAUUUCUGAGGCCUCCUCAAAUGAGUUUGAUGACCCGAGCAAAAUUCUACGGAUACAUCUGCAAUCCAAAUGUCACUCAGCACUUGGUACAGCAGCUGAACCAAAGCUAUAUCAAGGACAAAGUUCGAGAAAUUCAAGAAAAAGAAUUCUUUUCCGGUCAGUGGCUUCAAGCCUUGAUGGGAUCAUCCGACAUUCUCAUAGACGUGGGGACGCAUCUCAUAUCCUCAAUGACAGAGAUCCAAAUUCACAAUCUGUUUGAUAUUUUUCACCUUUUCACAAAGCCUCAUGUGAUCCAAAAUGUAUAUGAAAGUUUAGGUAAGCUUAUUCUAGUACUGGAACCUGUCUUUCCUGGAAGUUCCUUCAUUGAAACUCUUCAGCAAAUCCUGGAUGGGCUACAAGCUUUCAAGUCCUUAACGCAGCUCACAAAUUUCAGUUUUUCAUACAAAGUGAAAGACGUUUUUGGAGAUGCAACUAUCGAUGUUUUAAUGAAUGAAUUGCAAGUAGAUUCUGAAGAAUUGUCUUCAUUCUUGGAAUCUGAAAUAAGUUUGAAUCAGGUUGUUUUAGACAAAAGAUCCGGCCACGUUUCCUUUUGCGAAAAUUCUCGAGACACUAGUAUUUUAUGCACUUUAUCUAAGAACGAGAGAACUGCUAUUUCAACAGAGCACUUACAAGAUUUGGUUUUCCAGAAAUUCCUUAUAUCGUUUGGAUCUUUGGGCGUUGAAGGUGUUCUUAAAGAAGCCAAAGUUGAUGCUGUAGAAGCUGAGAAAACCUUGGAAAUCCUUUCUAACGCACCCAAUGUCAUUAGUAGAUUGACUAACCAUCUAGAAACAGUAACAACUGUAAUGCACCCGGAUGUCAAAACGUUAUUCCAAAAUUUGGAUCAAGGUGUUCAAUGGUUGACAACUCCCGAAGCCUUGUCGACGGGAGGCCAAAUCCUCUGUGGAAAACCCCUUACUUCUCUUAGCCGCAAAUUCAUGCUGUUGUCACCUGAAGAUGCUGAAAAUAAGAUUGAAGAAAGAGAGUUAUUGAGGUUACCAACUGAUUUUUGUCGCCAUGGUUAUAAGGAGAUCAUGAAGAUGAGGGGAGGAGCUAUUUUAUGGGGUUUCUUGAAGCCUCUGUUCAGAGGAAAGAUCCUAUAUGCUCCAAAAGAUUAUGGCCCUGCACUCACAAUCAUUUCCAAGGUGAAUGAGACUUUUAAUAUCUUAGAAGAGCAAGUGCACUUUGUGAAAGCAGCAGCUGAAGGUUCAACAGGUUUGCAUUAUCUACAAAGGAAAAAUGAAACUCUUCAAUCCUUACAGAAACUUUUGUCUUCCAAGGCAGUAUCCAAGUUUCUGGGCUCACCGUCUUGGGGCGCAGCCUUGUCUUGGUUAGAAGCCCCAAGCUCUAGCAGUUUGUCCCUCCUUCAUCUAGUGGAGUUAGUAGGUAAUGUCACAGAAUGCAUCAGUUUGGACAGAUUUUUAGGCUUCGAUACAGAAGAGGAACUGGAAGCGGCCGCAGCAACUCUACAUGACAGAAGAGAAUUCAUUGCAGCCAUUGUUUUCAUGCAAGAGAAACACUUAGACAAACGAUGGGCUGAUGGAAAACAGGAGCACCACUUACCUAAAAACGUGCUUUACAAAAUAAGAAUGGAUAUAGAUAAUGUACCAACAACGGAAUAUAUUAAGUACAGAUGGUGGAGACCUUACCCAUACGAUGACUUCUUCGAAGAUCUUCGCUACUUUAGAGGUUUUCUGCAGCUGCAGGAUACUGUCGACUCUGCCAUCAUCGAUCUUCAGACCCAAAGUCCCGGAUCUUCGUCAGAAGUGAAGAAAUACUUGCAGCAAUUCCCUUACCCAUGUCACCAAAGAGAUAAGUUCGGCACUUUAUUGAAAGGUUCUAUGCCAGCUGUUAUGACUAUAUCUUGGGUGUUUAUAGUUGCCUUUUUAGUUCGAGAACGUGUUUUGGAUCGUGAGCUGGAACUAGAUGAGACUCUUGGUGUGAUGGGCUUACGCAAGAGUUCCGCCUGGCUCGCGUGGUUUGUAACCGGCCUUUGCGUACUGCUAGUUUCUGUGAUUGGUAUUGUAGCUGUGCUGAAAUGGGGCGGGAUCACACCAAAUUCGGACCCUGUCGUGCUAUUCCUAUUUGUAGCGGAUUUUGCUGUGUUGCUGAUUGCUUAUUGUCAGCUGAUGAGCUCUUUCUUCAGUCGAGCUUCCACAGCAGCAUUGUUAUCGGUUUUGCUGUAUGUUUUGUCCUUUUUUCCCUUCCUACUUUUCGUCACUUGGGAAUUGGAUUUUCUAUAUUGGCAGAAGCUGUUAUCGUGUGUACUGGUAUCCACUUCCUUCUGCUUUGGUUGCUUGUAUUUGAACCGGUACGAGGAUCAAGGUCAAGGAGUUCACUGGUCCAACAUGUGGCAAAGCCCGGUAGCUGAAGACAGAAUGAAUUUCGGUACAACACUCGUCGCUAUGACGUUAUGCUCUCUACUGUACUUUUUCCUGUCCUGGUAUAUUGCAAGAAUUACCACAGGCUUAAAAGGUAGAAAACCUUUGGCGUGGUACGUAUUGCUAAAACCACCAGCACUAGUAGAUAAAAAGAUUGAAAAUGGAUUUGCUGACCAUAACACAAAACCAAGAAGUAUAAUAGAAGGUGUAAAGGAUCAGACAAAUGCUAAAAGAAUAACUGGGAUCAGCCUAAGUAACGUGCAUGCCCUUUAUUCGAAGAAGGGAUCAAAGGAAUGGCGGGCUUUAUCCGGACUGAACUUGGAUCUAUACGAAGACCAGAUCACUGCUCUUCUCGGCCAUAAUGGUGCUGGUAAAACAACAACCAUAAAGAUUCUAACUGGAAGAAAACUACCCACAACUGGAAAAGUGUCACUUUAUGGAUAUCCUAUUCCAGAAAAACUGGCUGAAGCACGAAAAUUAAUCGGAUAUGCUCCUCAAAAUAAUACUUUGUAUGAUAAGUUGACAGUUAAAGAACACUUAAACUUAUUUGCUCGACUCAAAGGUAUUUUGGACGCUAAUGUUGUUAAGAAAGAAGUAAACGAAAUGUUGAACCGAUUAAAUUUGAUCGAAAAACAAGAUGAAUGCACCGAGACAUUGUCUGGUGGUCAACGCAGGAGGCUUUGCGUUGGUAUCGCUUUCGUGGGCGGGUCCAAAGUAGUUAUUCUGGAUGAACCCACAAGCAGUGUUGAUCCUGUUGCUCGCCGCAAGAUCUGGGACCUCAUCCUUAGCUACAAAAAAGGUAGAACUAUCCUCUUUACAACACAUCACUUGGAUGAAGCAGACAUCCUAAGCGACCGGGUUGCUAUUUUACAUAAGGGAAGAAUGUUGUGUUGUGGAUCGCCUUUGGAACUGAAAGGAAGAUUUGGCAGUGGAUAUCGACUGAGUAUUCUACCAGCUGCAGAAAAAUCAGAACACGAAGAACGAGAUUCUGGGCGUGCUUCUUCAAUCGCAGAGUAUGAAGAGCAUGUCAAUAUGGACUGCGACGGUGUCAUGGAAUGUAUUCAGACAUACGUACCUGACGCAACUCUAUUGGAGAAUGAUGGCAGUCACCUGGUCGUCAGUCUACCAGCUGAUCCUUUAACAUCCAAACCCUUGUCUGAAUUUUUCACUCACCUAGAAAAGUGCCUUCAUCUGUGGGGAUUCCAGAGUUGUUCGAUAUCCAGCGCAACUCUCGAAGAGGUAUUUUUGACUCUGUGUCGCUUAGAAGACGCUAAAGCUGCUCACAACUCUGAAAAGUUCGCUGACAUUUCUCCUUUCCGACUGAAGAAGACAAGUGAAACAACAUUCAGUCAGAAGAAUGAUGAUUGCUGUAAAAACUGUGAUAACUCUAUGGUAAUCGAAAUGAAAGAAAAGGACAGUCCUACCAGUAGGCGUGGUUUUCGUUAUAGCGCUCACCUGAGGUACAACCAGCUGAAUUCGUUGAUCAAGAAGAGGUUCUGGCACACGAAACGAAAUUGGAAAGCCCUUACAUCAAGCAUUGUGAUGCCCUGUGUUUUCAUUGCCCUGGCCAUGGGAUUGGCUGUUGGUAGACCGCAGAAAGCACCUGAUCCGUCCAUAGAACUGACACCUGCUCUCUAUGCAUCCAAAGAUCAUAAAGCAAUAUCAUUCUUUGCUUGGGAUGAAAUGGAAACUAAUCUUGGAAAUACGCUACUUAGUGUUUUAAAAGCAAAUUCUACCGGAAAUGAAAUCUGCCAUCAAGGUGAUAUAAACUGCAGUCAUUUCUACGGGAACUCAAGAGUAAUGAGUGGACUAUCAGGUCGAUGCUUAUGCGAAAGAGAAUGCCCUGCCACUAUCAGAGAAUUGACAUCUUCUUUGCAGACACCAGAUCAGCUGCUCUACAACAUGUCGGAUAUCAACAUUCCUCAAUACCUUCUAGAUUCUUACUUGCAGUUCAAUGAAAAAAGAUAUGGAGGAUGGACGCUAGAGAAAACAAAAUCGAAUGAUAUCUCCGCAAAAGUGUGGUUCGAAAACAGUGGAUAUCAUUCGGCACCUUCUUAUCUGAAUUCACUCAACAAUGCUAUUUUGAAACAAAAGACUCAUAAUACUUAUGCUAUAAGAACUUGGAGUCAUCCAUUGCGACUUAGUGUGGAACAACUUGGAAGAGAAACACUAUUGCAAAGACUUGGCGAAGUGGGCAUUGCCUUCGUCUUUCUGAUUGGUCUGUCCCUCGUGCCGUGCACAUUCGCCGUCUAUAUCGUCGGAGAGCGAGAGUCUGAACAGAAGCGCUUGCAGAUGGUGACUGGAGCCCUCAGCCCCCUUCUGUACUGGGGCGCAGCUUUUCUCUGGGACCUGACCAUUGUACUGGCCACCAGCCUCGUCUCAGCAGCCAUCGUGAGUGCCUUCGGUUUGCCAGCCUUCUACCAGAGGGAGAACUUUAGAGCCGUCUAUACGCUCAUUUUCCUCUAUGGGUGGGCCACAACCCCUUUGACGUACCUGUUGAGCCGCUUCUUCCGCGAAGGGAGCCUCGCUUUCAUGGUCAUCUUCACAAGCCAUCUGUUUGUUGGGCUCGUCAUCAUGAUGUCACUGGUCAGUCUUAGAAUGAUCAGUGUGUCCAAAGAUGUUGCUACGAUUCUUUCCACUCUUCAAAGGUUUUCUCUGGCGUUUCCUCAGUACAGUUUGGUUGGAGGCCUCACUGACCUCAACGAGAAUCAAAUUAAAACGGAGAUAUUUGAGCAAUUCGGCCAGGACGUCUACGUAUCACCUUUCAGCUGGACAUCUCUGGGGCCGAAUUUCGUCGCACUUUUCGUGCAAGGAGUCGUCUUCUUCCUACUCACUGUCCUCUUGGAAAUUCUGCCACUUAGGCACUGGUGCCAAAGACUUCUCUUAUCAAGAAAGCACAUAAACAACCAACAGCAGACUAAUAAAAACGAAGAUGAUCCAUCUAAAAGUUUAUUACAGAUUCAAAAUAUUUCUCAGGUAUACAACACCAAAGCCGGUCAUAGGUAUGCUGUGGAUAAUUUGACUUUGUAUAUACCUCAGGGAGAGUGCUUCGGCUUAGUUGGAGCGAAUGGAGCUGGAAAAACAACUUUAUUCCGAUUAUUAAUUGGAGAAAUCCAGCCUACUGCAGGAAAAAUUAUAUUCCCCGGCUUGCAGUCUGAAAGGAAUAAAAAACACCAAUUCCUUGGCUAUUGUCCACAGAAGGAUGCUCUUGAUGGUCUACUCACUCCAAGACAACAUCUAGAAAUUUAUGCUGGCCUCAGAGGCAUACAUUCUUCUGAAAUACCUAAAGUUAUUGAACGGAGUCUGAAGAGCUUAGAAUUGGAUACUCAUGCUGAUCGCCCAGUCCACAAGCUUAGUGGUGGUACAAAGAGGAAGUUAUGCACUGCUAUUGCUACUCUAGGGGACCCUGAACUAGUGCUCCUGGACGAGCCAACAUCAGGAAUGGAUCCCGCGACCAGAAGACUUGUCUGGAAAACCAUAUCGCGCGCAACAGAAGCUGGACGAUCAGUUAUCCUCACCUCACACAGCAUUGAAGACUGUGAUGUGCUUUGUACCCGAUUGGGAAUCAUGGUGAAUGGAAAAAUAGCCUGUUUAGACAGUCCAAUUAAAUUGAAAUCCAGAUUUGGAACAGGUUAUACAUUAUCGUUUAGAGUUCCAGAACACAAAGAGGACUGGGUUUCACUUUUAAAUUUUAUUCACAAAGAAAAUCCUUCCGCACAUUUGCAGGUACACAGUGGGAGAAGAAUAGAAAUUGCUCUUCCCGAUGAAAACAUUUCUUUAUCUUCCCUAUUUUGUCAACUUGAAGAUUGUGCCAAGUUAUUUGGGAUAGAAGAUUUAGCAAUCGAUCCCACCACACUUGAUCAGGUGUUUGUCAAUUUCGUAAGACAGCAAUGUGAUGCAAUACAAGAGAGAAGCAUACAACCUGAAUCUGAAGAAACAGUGCCAACUAAGGAAUCAUACCUAGAAAUGUUUUGUACUACUAAACUGUGAAGCUGGAUAAAUCGGCAUCUGCAGAAGUGCAAAAGCUCUUUGAUUAAUUAAAACAAUUGAACAAUUACAGCAAAUGUCACUGAACAGAAAUGAGCUUUACAAAUGAUAUGAAAAUUGUAUAAUAUUUUGUAAAUAAAUUAUUUUUAAACAGAAA